AUGCCAGGCUUCCUCUUAUAUCUAGGAGCCAUCGUCGCAGCCUCAGCCUGCUUUCUGGUACUUCGAGUGUUAUACCGGCUUACCUUGCACCCACUUGCAUCAUUUCCAGGCCCGAAGCUUGCUGGAGCAACAUCACUGUACCAAGCCUGGUAUGACUUGAGACCCUCGACCUCAUACGUCAAGACCUUCCCCGAGCUACAUAAGAAAUAUGGUCCUAUUGUGCGAAUCCUCCCUAAUCAGCUCCAUGUCCACGAUAUCAAUGCCUAUUACGAAAUAUUCAAGUCAGGCUCCGGUUUCACUCGCUUCAAAGAUCAAUACCAUCACCCUGCCGGAGUUGGAUUCUUCAACAUUCUGGACCCCAAAGUCGCAAAACCCUGGCGCGAUGCAUACAUGCCGUACUUUUCCAAGAGUGCCAUCGGCCGUCUGGAACCGCUGAUCCACGAUCGGAUGAACACGUUUCUGCAGAAGCUGGAUGCAGCUGCCAGUGUUGAAAAGCCAGUCGAUCUGAGUAUGGGGUAUCGAAGUUUGACGAGCGACCUUGUCACAAGCUACAUGUUUGCGAACAAGGGCAUCGAGACCCUCGAGGUUGAGGACUUUCAAUCGCCCAUGCUUGUGGCGCUCGAGAAGAAUUUCGACUUUCUGCAGUACACCAUGUAUUGGAACAAUUUCUUCUACUGGUUCGCCGGACAGCUUCAGACAUUGACCAAGGAACAGACGGAAAAGUUCUUUGCUGACUUGUCGCAGCAACUCAAAAUCAAGGUCGGAGAGAUUAUGAAAAAGGGAGGGUCCGGGUCUGGAUUUCCGACUGUCUUUGAUUGCUGGGCCGCGCCCAAUGUGAAGAGGACGUUCAUUCCCAGGCUUGAUCAAUUGUCGGCCGAUGCAUUUUUGUUUUACGGAGCCGGAACGGACACGACUGCUUACUCGCUGACGUGUGGCACAUGGGGCCUGAUUCACAACAAAGAUGCUCUUACAAAGCUGAGAGAGGAACUGCACAAUGCGCUUGGAGCCCCCGAUCCUGGCGGCAAGCUCGUCAGUCCUUCAACUCUGGAAAACUUGACCUACCUGAGAGCCGUCGUCAAGGAGAGUUUGCGCAUGGGCAUGGGUGUCCCUGGAAGAUUAGGUCGAGUGGUGCCUGCCGGAGGAGUGAAUUUGUGUGACAGACAGAUCCCAGCUGGAACUGUCCUCCACGCCGCCCAUUACUGUUACCACUUUGAUCCCGAGGUCUUCCCAAACCCAGAGUCUUUCCUGCCAGAACGGUGGCUGGGACCCGAUGCGAACCAACUCGAAACCAAAAUGAUUGCAUUCUCACGCGGACCGAGAUCAUGCGUCGGUAUCAACCUUGCAUACGCAGAACUGUAUCUCACUUUCGCAUAUGUCUUUAGUAGAUUCGACAUGAAGCUGUACAAGACUACAAAGGAAGAUAUGGAUUGGAAGGAUAAUUUCGUCGUGACCACCAAGGGACACCUAAGGGUGAUGUUGAAAAAGGUUGACGACGAAUAACCAAAUGCAUGGAUCACACGAUACGUACUAAGGACUCAAC